ACACACUGAGAGUCAGAUGGUAAGACCCUUCAGACCAAAACCAGCACUUCCACUGAGAGAGGACAGCUACAGGAGGGAUACUGGGAAUACUGGGAAUACGACCACUUCAACCUGCUGCUGAAUCCACAAACUGAACAAGAAUUUGACGAGAACAAAGACUCAAAAAGAAGGUAACUUUCAGGGCCGUUACUGAAGGACGGAGUGGCUGACUGUUUCCUGUCUGAGCGUCUGCCUGCUGUGACUUCAGCUUCACUCAGAGACUAAAUGGCUUCCAGAUUAGAGGAAGAUCUCUGCUGUCCUGUCUGCCAGGACAUCUUUAAAGAUCCUGUCAUCCUGUCAUGUUGCCACAGCUUCUGUAAAGGCUGUCUGCAGAGCUGGUGGAAAGAAAAAGGAAGUCGGGAGUGUCCAGUUUGUAAGAGGAGACAUUCAAAGGAAAUGCUGCCUCCUAACUUUGCUUUAAAGAACCUGUGUGAGAGUUUCCUACAGGAGAGAGAUCAGAGAGCUUCAGAGGCUCUCUGCUGUCUGCACUCUGAGAAACUCAAACUCUUCUGUCUGGACCAUCAGCAGCCAGUGUGUGACACCUGCAGAGAUUUAGAAAAACACAUCAAUCACAGAUUUAUACCCAUCGAUGAAGCUGCACGACAACACAAGAAGGAACUUCAGGAAACUCUGAAAUCCUUAAAGGAGAAGUUAAAGGUUUGUGAACAAGUUAAAGUGAAGUUUGAUCAAACAGCAGAACACAUGAAGGUCCAGGCCCGACACACAGAGAGGCAGAUUAAGGAGCAGUUUAAGAAGCUUCAGCAGUUUCUAGAGGAGGAAGAGGAGGCCAGGAUGGCUGCACUGAGGGAGGAAGAGGAGCAGAAGAGUCAGAUGAUGAAGGAGAAGAUGGAGGCUCUGAGCAGAGAGAUAGCAGCUCUUUCAGACACAGUCAGAGCCACAGAGGAGGAGCUGAGAGCUGAAGACGUCUCAUUCCUGCUCAACUACAAGGCUGCAGUGGAAAGAGUCCAGCAGCGCCCCCUGCUGGAUGAUCCACAGCUGCCCUCAGGAGCUCUGAUAGACCAGGCCAAACACCUGGGCAACCUGACCUUCAACAUCUGGAACAAGAUGAAGGACAUGGUCUCCUACACUCCUCUCAUUCUGGACCCAAACACUGCUCACGCAAGACUACUUCUCUCUGAAGAUCUGACCAGUGUAAGAGAAGGAGAGAGACAGCAGCUUCCUGACAAUCCAGAGAGGUUUGAUGGUUCCUGGUGUGUCCUGGGCUCUGAGGGCUUUAACUCAGGGACUCACAGCUGGGAUGUCGAGGUUAAAGACAGUACAGGCUGGGAACUGGGUGUGUUAGCAGAGUCUGUCCAGAGGAAGGGAGUCAUACGGUCUGGAUUAUGGAUAAUAUGGUUCAAUAGAGGUAAAUACUCAGCGCAGUCACCACUGUCUCAACCCACUGAUCUCAGAGUGCAGAAGAAGCUCCAGAGGAUCAGAGUGAAUCUGGACUGGAACAGAGGAAAGCUGUCGUUCUCUGAUCCUGAUACUAACACACACAUACACACCUUCACACACACUUUCACUGACAGGAUGUUUCCAUUCGUUGGCACUUUCAAAAAAAAUACCCUGAAGGUUUUACCACUGAAGAUCUGUGUGACUGUAGAACAACAGAAAUAGAAGGUGAUGAUGAUGAUGAUGGAUUCUGAGGAGCAUGUGAAUGUGUUGUCCUGGUGACUCGUUGAUGGUCAUGGUGAUGUUUUGCUAAACACUAAUAGCCAUGUAUACAUUAAUGCUGUAGUUUUCAUUGUGCUGUUUCUGUUGAUGUGUUGUACAUGAAGUUUUCAUAUAUGAUCUAACGGUGAACCAGUGAAUUAAAGACUUCAUGAGUUUUCAGGAUGUAAAUAAUGAGAGUUUAUCGAACUGUUGUAAAUGUAGUGAAAGUAAAGUCAUCUUUCAAUAAAACACUGUUGAGCAGAUUCACUCUGAAUCCCGGUUUACAGCUGAGGUCUCCAGAGAGAACAGUUUGGUACAAAUCUCAAGCCAUGGUUCUCAGCAAGAAACCGAUGGAGAGCUCACUCCGGGUAGGGAAUGAGUCCUUACCCCAUGUGAGGGAGUUCCAAUACCUUGGGGUCUUGAUUGCGAGGGGACAAUGGAGCAGCCGGGGCGGUAUUGCAUUCGCUGUAUCGCAUCUUUGUGACGAAAAGAGAGGUGAGCAGUAGUCACGAAGACUGGGUCAUGACUGAAAGAACUAGAUUGCAGGUACAAGAGGCCGAAAUGGGUUAUCUCAGGAGGGUGGCUCGCCUCUCCCUUAGAGAUAGGGUGAGAAGCCAAGUCAUA